AUGCCAGGCUAUCCACUGGAGAUAUUUGACAUCAAGGUACAAGACAAAUACCUGUGCUCGGCAUGCCGCUUAGCUUUGCGGGAACCCUUGCAGACUUACUGUGGGCACAGGUACUGCAAGUCCUGCCUGGAUGAGAUCUUCAGGUACGCAUUUCCAGACAGAGCUAUCAAACGGGACAUCGGAGAACUUCCUGCCAAGUGUCGGAAUGCAGAAGCCUGUGAGUGGAAGGGAAAUAUACAGAAAUAUGAUGCACAUCAAGAGACCUGUGAGUUUGGCCUGAUCCCAUGUCCAAAGCAAGGCUGUGGCAAACAGGUGAUGCGUAUGGACCUUGCUGCACAUCUGGAGAAGGAGUGUGCUGUCAGACAAAUCAAGUGCAAGUACUGUGCUCAAGAAAUACUGCUGAAGGAGGAAAGGGACCAUCGUGCCUGCACAUGCCCUCAAUUCCCAAUGAAUUGUGAGUUUUGUGGAAAAAAGAAGAUACCAAGGGCUCAGAUGAAGCAACAUCUGGAUGAAAACACUGGAGACUGCAAAAGGCUGAAGGUGGCCUGCACAUUUGCUAAAGUUGGAUGUCCCACAAAGCUGGAACGUGAGAAACUGAAUGACCAUAUCGCCAAGCACCAUGUUAAUCACCUGAACCAGGUGCUGGACAAGCACUUGACCCUCAUGCAAGAGUUCACCAUCCUGAAACAGAGCGGGCAGGGGCAACACAUGCAGCAGGCAAUGGCUAGUAAGCAGGAAGAGAUGAGGCAUAAGUAUGUUGCUAUGGAAACCAGAGUUGCUACUUUUGAGGGUAUAGUUGCUGUUCUCAAUCGUGAAAUUGAGAAAUGCUCCGCUACCAUUGAAGCAUACGAGCGACAGCGACGCCAGGACCGAGAGAUCAUUGAGUCCAUUGAGCGUAAGAUGAAGUCUCAAGAGCGAAUCAUCGCACUGAAAGACGUGGCCCUUGCUGAGCUGGAUCUCCGUAUCAGGUCACUGGAGAUGACGUCCUAUGAUGGCACCCUGCUGUGGAAGAUCCAAGACUUCACCAGAAAGCGCCACGAUGCAAUCACUGGUAAGACGACUUCUAUUUACAGCCCAUGCCUCUACACCAGCCGUACAGGAUACAAGAUGUGUGCUCGCAUCUACCUGAACGGAGACGGGAUGGGGAAGGGCAGUCACAUCGGCCUGUACUUCGUCCUAAUGAGGGGACACUUUGAUGGUCUGCUGCGCUGGCCAUUCCGGCAGAAGGUGACCUUCAUGCUGCUGGAUCAGAACAACCGAGAACACGUCAUCGACGCCUUCCGGCCCGAUCCAACCUCAUCCUCUUUCAAGCGUCCAACAAGUGAUUUGAAUAUCGCCAGCGGCUGUCCGCUGUUCAUGCCACACAGUCAGUUGGAGAGUACGCGCCAUGCCUAUGUCCGCGAUGAUGCAAUCUUCCUUAAAAUCAUCGUAGACACGUCGGAUUUAAACUAA